CCCUGAAAGAGUUCACAUUAAAGGAUCUGGCUGACAGACUGCAUACAAGAUUGGACAAGACAUAUCAUCGCAGUGAAGCCUUUUUACCAUUACGCGACGACCUCCAUGAUUGGUUAAAAAUGCUUUGGAAAUUUAUAAUAGAGUAUUUGAAUUUUUGUAAAAAGGACAUUGCUAUAAUUUUUGGGGCAGAAGCACAUAAGGCACGUUAUUAUCAGCAGAAGAGAGAAUAUAUUAUGAAUACUCUUGGAGACUGGGCAUUGUAUCCUUUAACUGACAACAACCAGAAAUAUUUAGUUACAUUAAAGAACGCCUGGAGAGUUCUUGACAACAAUCCAUCUUCAGUAUUCCAUCACUUGCCUGUUCCUCAUCCAUGUCUCAGUAUUAUUCCAGCUGGGUUACCCAUUCACUUAACAGCAACAUUAACAGAUCCUUCAGUUUUGCUAGACAACCUCUACUUCCACAGAGAGAGAAUUGCCCUCUAUGUUAAACCAAGCGGGAUGGAAUCUUAUAAAAAAAUGACUGAGGUAUUGGAAUAUUUUGGUGCACAUUAUUCUAGUACUUCACUCCCUCAUUAUAAACUCCGUUCACUCCCUAUGUUUGAAGACGUUUGUGGAGUUGUGCAGAAUUUGGAAGACAAGGACUUUAUUGUACCAGUUGGGUCAAAGCUUGAUUUAAAAUAUUUGGUUAAAUUAGCAGAAAGUAAAAAUAUAAUAAUUUUAAAGAAAGGAACAUCAAAUGCAAAAUGUUUCUACCAAUACUUGAGUUCAGGAUGUCUUCUGGAGGAUCUGGAAAUUUAUACUAAACUAAUUCUGCCAAAUUUUAAGUAUUUGUCACCUCAAGAACGAACCUACUAUCUGGAAAAGAUACGAGAUGAACUAAAAGAAGCACAUAUGGCAGAAGUGUAUUGGAACCAAAGUCUAAUAAAUGUUGUUUCAAUAUUAAAAAAGACUCCUUUUAUAGAGCUAAAUGGAAGUUGGAAAACUGCAGACAAUUUCUAUGAUCCCAAUAAUCCAGUAUUCAAAGUGAUGGAGCUGAAUAAUUUACCAAAAGAAUGGUCAUCACAAGAAUGGCAGCACUUUCUCAAAUUGUCUGGCAUGGUACAUGAACUGACUGCUGAAAUGUACGUGAAGUAUGCGAGAACAUUAUCACCUAAUGAUUCUAAAGUUAGACCAAAGUCUGAAGUUCUCACACAAUACCUUUUUGACAAGUAUGAUAAUCUAAAGUGCAAUGUUUCACAGAUAAGGAAUAUUGAAUUUCUUGUUCCACAUGAGAGUGAAGAAUUAGAGGAGAUUCUCCCGCACUUCAGAACUGCAUCUGGAUUGUUGUCUUUCUCUAGCGGUGUGCCAUCAGAAUUUGCUAAUAUUCUGUGGACAACUGCAAGCCUUUUGCCACGUUAUGCAACGUCAUGCAGGAGUGAUAUUAAGAAACAUCUGAACAUCGUGGACGCUCCACCUGAAGAAAAGGUUCUUGAGCACAUACAAAAUCUUUGUAGAUUUUUAAAAUCUAAACAAAAGAACUCAAAUGCCGCCAUUGAGAGUAUAAUGGAAAGUAUUUACCAGCAUUUACAAAAGUGCAGAAACAGUGUUCAUGAUACACUUGCUUGCCAGAGAACUCCUGUAGUGCAUAUACCGACGCACUCAACCUUUGUUGCUGCUGAUUGUGUGAUUGAAAUAUUGGAAGUUGAAAUUAUCCCAUAUUUAUUGAGAGUUCCAACAACAUAUGUGAAAUAUAUUGAUGUUUUUAAGAAACUUGGAGCCCUUGAGGUCGCUACGUGUGACUCGUAUGCUCAAGUAUUGAAAAUGAUUUAUGAAGAAAGUGGCGGGAAAGUAUUGCAUCCUGAAGAAUCUAAGUGUAUGAAGGCGGCUCUUGAAGGCUUGGUGAAAAAGAAAUCAAAUCUCAAAGACCUGAAAGUUUCUGAACUAUAUCUCCCAACAAAGGAAAAAAAAUUGGAAAAGUCUUCUGAAAUGUAUGUGCAAGAUGUUGAAUAUUUAGAGAACGGGAAAGGAAAAUUAAACAUACUAAUAUUUGCCGGGUUUAAAGUCUUAAAGAUAGAAAUGACUGAUAGUGACUUUGUGAAUAUGUUGCCUAAGAAUUUGCAGCCAAAUCUUUUGUCUCAAGUUGUGAAGGAAAACCUUGACAGCAAUACCGAGGAAAUAACAACAGAAUUACUUAAAGAGUUAAGACAAAUCCUGCAUUCAGAUACUAUUAAACUGAAUAUAUUGAGAAUUAUAAAUCAUGAUAGAGUAUCUUCAGGAUCAUGUUUAGAUAAAGCUGAAAUAAAAGAAUUGAUGGAUAGUCUUGACAGAGUGGAGGUGAAGCAGUUGAAGGUAAUUACCACCACUCUAACGGUUAAUGAAGACGAAGUUGGGAAACGAGACAGGCAGUUCUUUGUACAAGUUUGUAAUAGAGAAGAGAGAAAAGUUACACUUUAUAUUUCUGAAACCAUUGACAGUACUCUUGUUGUCUGUGGACUGUGUAAAACGUACAGAGAACUACUUAAGUUAGUUACAGCAUCAGUGAUGGAGAAUUUAGGACACAUAUUGAGGUUAUAUGAGAAACCACAUGAAAUUCCUUUAUUACUGAAUAACUUAGGUAUUACUGCAUGGGAAGGUCAGAAUAGUGCAUAUGAGUGCUAUCAAACAGAUGUAGGUUCAUACCUCGAUGAAGAUCUAAUCCAUUUGCUGGAUAAUGAAUUUUGUCAGUUCCACGAGGGAGAGAUUGUCUGUAUGAAGAAGUACAUUCUUGAAGGAGAUGAAUCUACCGAAGAUAAUAUAUACAUAAUUGUUCAAGUAAAGCGCUUGGUGAGAAGUCAUGAUAGCUUAUUUAUGAAUGAAUACGAAGUUGACACUGGAUGUGAAGCAAAGUCCUGCAUGAUAGUUCGAGCCCAUCAGCUGUACAAGUUUGUAAGAGCUAAGGAAAGUAUGAGAAGUGAUGUGGUACAAACUGAUGGGGUCUUAACCGAAGAUGAACCUGGCAGUCUCUCUGAGAAAGAAAUUAUGAAGAAUAUAAAGAAACAAUUAAAAGAAAUAUGGAAAGUUAAAGAUGAAAAAGAAAGGCGGCACCUCUUACGGCGCUUGAUCCUCAAGUGGCAUCCAGACAAGAACCUUGAGAGAGUGGGACUCUGUACCCGCGUGAUGCAAUAUAUGCAACACCUGGUGAAGCGUCUGGAGAAUGGAGAGAUUAUUCCAGACGAUGAAGAUGUUACAAGUGAAAAUACUUUCAGCGGUCCCUCCAGUGCCUACAGUAAUACAUUCAAACCAACAUCCAGUGAUUUCUUCAGUAAAACAUUCAAAACAACAUCCAGUUAUUUCUUCAGUAAAACAUUCAAAACAACUUCUAGUGAUUUCUUCAGCAGUGCAUUCAACUCACCACGGAGCCAAUCCUCAGGUUCCUUCAAGUAUUUCAGAAGUAAGAUGAAGGAGAGAAAGUUGCCUGAUCGUCUUGAAGCCAACAAGUGGCUUAAACAAGCAGAACAUGACUUUGGCGAAGCACAGAGACGUGACGGAGGGUCUUCCUGCUGGACCAUGUACAUGUGUCAUCAGGCAGCAGAGAAAAUUUUGAAGGCGGCCUUAUAUCUAGAGGACCGAGACUUAGCAGCAACAUUCCAGAGAGGAAGAGCACGUCAUUCCCUUACUGAUAUAUCACUAAGACUAAAGUUAAGGGAUUCUUUAGCGAUUGCCUCUGCCUUAGAAGCCAAAGUGGGUCACUAUAUAAACAUGCGCUACCCUUCUGUCCAAGGAUGUCCCUGUGACAACUACACAACUGAUGAUGCCUACUACAUGUUGGCAAAGACAGAAGAAUUAAUGAUUUUACUAAGACCUCGUUUUGUAAGUUAG